CUUCCGCGUGGUUGUUGAGACCCCUGCGAUCCGCUCUAGAACAAGCUGAGAACAAGGAACCAGGCCAUAGCAGCAACAUUACAUUAGCAUCGUCAGCUAGCUAGCUAGCUCAUCGUUAGUAUAUUAAUUCGCGCACAUACGUGUGUGUGUGUCAGUGUAGUGUGUGCAUACGGACUUUUGGCCUUACGCUGAAACCGUCCGCGCGUGCGCGUCUUCCUCUGCCAAUAUAUAUAUGCAAUCCUUGCAGUAGCUAGCUCCAUCGAUCGCCGCCACCGCCGCGCUGGGCUCUCCUCGCUCACAGUCUACAGUGAGCUCUCACUGCACCACACUCCCAAGAAUUAGUGAAUCUGUGAGGCUUUUAUUUUCCCGCGCGCGCUGCUAGCUAGCUUGGGCGAUCGCCGUCGUCGUCGUCCAUGGAGGAGGGGCUCCCUCCAGGGUUCCGGUUCCACCCGACGGACGAGGAGCUCAUCACCUACUACCUCACCCGCAAGGUGUCCGACUUCACCUUCUCCACGCGCGCCAUCGCCGACGUCGACCUCAACAAGUGCGAGCCAUGGGACCUCCCAGGCAAGGCUAGCAUGGGCGAGAAAGAGUGGUACUUCUUCAGCAUGCGCGACAGGAAGUACCCGACGGGGAUCCGGACGAACCGCGCCACCGACUCGGGCUACUGGAAGACGACGGGCAAGGACAAGGAGAUCUUCCACGGCGGCGCGCUCGUGGGGAUGAAGAAGACGCUGGUCUUCUACCGGGGCCGGGCGCCCAAGGGCCAGAAGACGAGCUGGGUCAUGCACGAGUACAGGCUGCAGACCAAGUUCCCCUACAAGCCCAGCAAGGACGAGUGGGUGGUGUGCAGGGUGUUCAAGAAGUGCCAGGUCGUCAAGGUGAGGCCGCCGAUGCAGGACGACGACGCAUCCCUAUCCCCGUGCCACGACCACGACGCAUCCCUGUCCCUAAGUGAGCUCGACGUCUCCUCCAUCCUCGGAGGCCUGGCCUCCGCCGCCGCGGCGCACGCAUCGUCCGCCUCGCCGCACCACCAGGGAUCCGCCGCCGAGAGCUUCGCCGCCGCCCAUAGGAUGGACAUGAGCGCGUACAUGAGCUGGAUGGCGGCCGCCAACCCGGGCGCCGCGGCCGCCAUGCUUCCCUGGGCCACGGCGCCGCCGCCGGGAUUGUCGUCGUUCGGCAAUGUCUUCGCGCCGCCCAGCCAGAUGUUGCAGAGGCCGCUUCCGUUCGCCGGGUGCAGCCAGCCGCGGGACCUCGGUGGCGUCGUCGCAAGCGGUGAGCAUGCCAUGUUCGGGACCUCCGUGAUGAAGGCUGGGACGAUGGAGUAUGAUCAGCAGCAGGCGCCGCCGGAGCAGCAGCUGGGAGUGGACGAAUCCACAUGGAGAGCAUUCUGAUGGUCAUCGCCGCGCGCCUACAUAUAAUAUUGCACACAAAAAAGACCGUUGUUGCUACUACUGCGCCAGAUCGAUCAACUUAUAUAUUAUUUAGCUAUUAUGCACUUGUGGUCAAUUACUAUAAAUAUAUACACUUGUAGGGGGGGAUAUUCUAGGCAAUUAAUAUAUAUGGGACAAACCCACUAUUAUAUUAGGUCCAUGCUAUGUGUUAAAAUGGGACAAGCCCCAUUGUUAGGUCAAAAAAACAAGUCAGUUUUACUAUAGAUAUAGAAGUGAACGUGUCUCUUGAUUUGUGUCCUAUGUUUUAAUUGUAAGAAAAAUAUAUAUUACUACAUGCUUGGUCCAUUUGCUAUUGCAAGGUGCAGUUUCUUA